AUGCCUCUCCCACUUUCCUCCCCAUCCCCCGCAUUCAACCCCAACCCCCACCCAAAACCUCUCAAAAGCUCGCCCUUCAAAACACCCUCCUCCACCCGGGCUGGUGGUAUCAGCUCCGCCGGGGGUAAUAAAGCGGGUGUAACCCCGAAAUCGAUGAGGGGUAAUUCGAUUUUUGUGGAAGAGAAGGUUGGGGAGUUGAGGAAGGAGGUUGAAGAGCUUAGAAAAGUGCUUGGAGACAAAGACCCAAACAAGAUCCUGCAACAGCACAUCCACCUGCUCCACACUUAUAACGAGAUCAAGGAUGGUGCUCAGUCUCUCAUCGGUCGGUACGCCUUGAUGACGAACCGCACGAUCAGAGAUGUGCAUGAAGAGCUCGACUUGCCGCUCACCGACGAAUAA